GCAUUUUUGAGGCAAAUGAAAGAGCAAGUGAUCUUACUAGACCUAUGGGAGAGCUCAUUUGCAAUGCAUGUUAAGAAUUGCCAUGGAAGAGAAGGGGAUAGAUUAUGAGUCCAAGCAAGAGGACUUUUUUGACAAGAGCCGUCUACUUCUAGAGAUGAACCCAAUACACAAAAAAGUACCAGUUUUGGUUCACAAUGGAAGACCCAUUUGUGAAUUGCUCAUCAUUCUCCAGUACAUGGAUGAAGUUUGGGAUCAUAAAGCACCUCUGCUUCCCAGUGAUCCUUAUCAGCAAUCACAGGCCGGGUUCCGGCCUAACUACUCUGAUAAAAAAAUAUAUGAGACGGGGAGAAGGAUAUGUACAGCAAAACAGGACCAGGAGGAAGCAAAGAAGCAGUUCAUAGGAUGCCUGGAAACAUUGGAAGGAGAGCUUGGAAACAAGUUCUACUUCGGAGGAGAGAGCUCCAGGCUUGUGGAUGUGGUACUGUUGCCAUAUACCAGCUGGUUUUACACAUAUGAGACCUUUGGGAAUUUCAAGAUAGAGGAAAAGUGCCCCAAGAUUAUUGCAUGGGCCAACAGAUGCAAAGAAAGAAAGUCUGUCUCAAAAAAUCUUGCUGAUCUUCAGAAGAUAUAUGACUUUAUGUUGCAGUACCAGAGGAGGACUAGGGUAGUGUAAACAAUCAACCACAAAAACUGCAGAUCUAUCUAUCAAAACAAAAUGCACCAAAUAUAAAGUUUUCUUUUUGCUAUUCCCCUGUAUGAUUAAACCAUCCAGCAUGUUACUGCUAAAUUCCACUGAAAACAGUAGAAUAUGUAUUAACAGCACAUACGAAAUAAAUGAAACAUAACUUU